AUGGAGCCGAGCUCUGCGGCACUCACUUUGACCCUGCAGCAUGCCGUCACCGGCGAGAACUUGGUGACCUGGGAUGACCUGGAGGAGUCGACCACAGCCUCGCAGCUGCGACAGCGCGCCGCUUCGGCGCUCGGGCUCCGGGACGUCACCGCGCUGCGCCUGCUGCUGUGCACCGUGGAGCUGCAGAACCACGGAACCUUGAAGUCCGCAGGAGUGAAGGAUGGCGACGUGCUUCAAGUUCUCUUCACGGAAGGCCUUGGCUUCGUGACCUGGACGAAGUCCCGGGCGCAGCUUUGGCGGCUCUCAGGCGGCGAGCCGGCGGCCAGUGUGGCUCUCCCCAGGGAAGAUGGCGACGUGCUGUCCAUGGCCUUGGACCGGAUCUCCGCCACCUUGGCGGCUCGAACCGAAAGGACCGUGAAAGUCUGGGAUGUGGGGAGAGGUGAAGUCGUCUUCGACCACUCAAACGGUGAAAGCGGAUCAAAGGCCCUGGCCAUCUGCCAGGGUGGGCAGCUUGUGGCAUUCUGGGGCGAUGCCGACGGCGAGCCCGGUCAACUGCAAGUUUGGAACAUCCACGAAAAGUGCUGUGUCUGCAUCUGCAGAGAUUGUGCCGCUUUAGUGUGCUUUUCUCCAGACGGUCAGCGAGUUGUCGCCGGCGGCCUUUUCGAUGCUCCUGCAAGCGUUUGGGACAUUUCUGCCGGAAAGCAGCUCUGGACAUUGGGGCACGGCACGGAUGGGUUCUUCUCUGGGCUGCUCUUCUCACCCGAUGGCUCCUCAGUCGUCAUUGCCAGCCGAGAACCAAACUGGGAGGAGAUCGACUUAUGGUGCGGAAAGACUGGAUCGUGGUUAAGGGGCUUAGGCGGGGGAGCCUUUGGCUUGGCAUUCUCCGAGGAUGGUGAAGAACUGGCUGGGCUUGACGAAGUUUGCAGCACCGUUUACAUCACAAGCACCUUGACAGGGUCGGUGCUGGUGCAGCUGAGCCUCGCAGAGUGGGCAGGCUCGCGCUGUAGCCAAGCAGUGCUCAAACCGAGCUCAGGGGACUUUUGCUUCGCGGGCGUUUGGGAGGAGGAUGGUGUCACUGCAAGGACCAUCCGAAAGCAGGAGGUCUUUAAGUUCGCCGUAAGGGACGAUCCCGGCGGCCUUUGCUUAUGCUGA